AUGUCCUCAGGGUACUUCGCUGGCCUGCUAUCUUCCAGCUUCAUGUUUGGUCGUGUGAUCUCGGCAUACUUCUGGGGGAUCGUUGCCGAUCGGUGCGGCCGUCGCCCGGUCGUCUUGCUCUCGCUGGCAUCUACGGGAGGGCUCGCCGUGGCCUUCGGGUUUUCAACAACGUUCUUGUGGGCCCUUGCUUGCAGGUUUUUGUUGGGGCUGCUGAACGGGAUGACGGUAAUUUUUCCAACACUCGUCUCGGAAAUCUGCGGCAAGGAGCAUGAAGUCGUCGGGUUGGGAGCAGUGACAAGUGAGCCUGUCGCGUGUAGGCGUGGUACAGUACCAAUACCUGAUGCAUCGUAA